ACAUAAUCCAAUUUUCAAAUUCAACGACUUAUUCUGAAAGUUGAUGCUUAAGCCAGAGUUCGCCGAGAACGGAAAAAUUAGCACUCCAUUCAGAUUGUCGGAAAAAGUAUAAAAAUUAGAAAAUAUAAUCAGAUAGGAAUCAACUAAUUCACUGUGAUCAGACGAUAUUUCACAAAAAUUGUGGAAAUUUGGUAAAAAAGUGAUAAAAAGGGCGGCAAAAAUGGCUAAAGGGCAAGCAAAGAAAACAGUUAGUACCAAGAGCCAUGCGAUUGAAAAGAUAAUCAAGUCACGGAGCAGUGGAAAUAGCUUGGAAUAUUUUAUUAAAUGGAAAGAUUCUCCGGAUGCAGAAAACUCAUGGGAAUCUGUGAACGAUUUAUUUUCGUUGAAAAAAACAGUAAACGCGUCAGAGGUUGUCAUGUUUCAGGAUUCUCCACCAGAAAAAAUAAAUUCCACUGCAAUGGAAUCAGAUGAGGCAACACGUAAACGGUCUGUUGGAACAAAAACGGUAACUAAAACUACCACAACAACGCGAAACAAAUCGAAGACACCAUUACAAAACCAAGAAGUUGAUCGGGUUGAAAAUUUACGCAAACGCAACAACAAACAUGAAUACUUGGUCAAAUGGAAAAGCAGCGACCAAGAUGACGAGCAACAAGAAGAAUGGAUAAGCCGUGACACAAUGAUCGCCAAUCAUGCAAAAAGUGUCAUUGCAUUUUUUGAACGCAUCACUUCGUUCAAAACGGCAGACAACUGAAAUGUUACACAACAUCGAUUUAAAGUCGACCAAAACCACAAUGAUUCACCACAUGACAAUAUCACAAAUUUGACAGUAUUACUAUUUUUAUUUAACAGUUUUCAGAAAUGUAAUGAUUUGAUUUAACUAAUGAUAACUAUUUUACUGUAUUUACGGUACUUUCUCAAGUGAAUAAUAAUGAAUUAGUAGUAGAAAAAGCCAUUAAACAUAUUCGGUGAAUAUCAAAAAGGCAUCAAGCUCAGUAGGGUUUCUUAUAUAUUUUUUGUUUGAAUUUCUUUUUCCCGACGAUUAUAAAAUAAAAUCCAUAAAAAAAUCAUAAAAAACA